UUGCAUUUGGGUCCUUCCAAAAACAUCUUCAAGAAAACUUGAAACAAUGUCUGAUGGGAGUGACCCGAAGAGGAAGAGGAGAAUUGCGAUCAUUGUGGUCUCGUCGUUCGUCCUGGUCGUGAUCGGCGCCGCCGUGUCCAUCGGGGUGUACACGACGAGCAGCUCCGGCCCGGCGUCGAAAUCCAGCGAGAAAACCAGCGAGAUCUCGGCCUCGAUCAAGGCCAUCGAGGGGAUAUGCCAGCCGACCGAUUACAAAGAAGCAUGCGUGCGGAGCCUCAAGGAGGCCGGCGUGAACUCCACCGACCCCAAGGAGCUCAUCAAAGCCAGCUUUAAAGCUGCGAUGAACCACAUUGCCGAGGCCGCGAAGAAAUCGACCGUUCUGAAAGAGCUGGAGAAGUCCCCGAGAGGGCAGCAGGCCCUAAAGAAUUGCAAGGAUUUGAUGGAGUACGCGAUCGACGACCUCGAGAGGUCGUUCGACGAAUUGGGAAAGCUCGAGUACGGCAAGCUGGACGACGCGUUGGAGGACCUGAAAAUCUGGCUCAGCGCUGCGGUCACCUACCAAGAGACCUGCUUGGACGGGUUCCAGAACACGACGGGCAACGCGGGCGAAAAGAUGAGGGAGAUAUUGAAGAGCUCCUCCAAAUUGACGAGCAAUGUGCUCUCCAUGGUCGACGAGAUCUCCUUGGCCCUCGCUAAGCUGAACAUCCAAUUUAGACGCAGGCUCCUAUCGGACAGCAACAACGUGAUUGGACACGGCGACGACAUCUCAACCUGGGUGACCAGCCUGCAGAAGCGCAAGCUGCUCGCGGAGGAGGAAGGGACCGGCCCCAACGAUCCGCCCGUGCUCCUGGAGCCACCGAUGCUGCUGGGGAAGCGAAAGCUUCUCGGCAAGAGCGUGGCCGCUCUGAGGCCGAAUCUUGUGGUUGCCAAGGACGGGAGCGGGAGAUUCAGGACCAUAAAUGAGGCCCUAAAGCACAUUCCGUUGAAAAGCAACAAGACCUUUGUCAUCCACAUCAAGGCUGGGGUUUAUAAGGAGCAGGUGGUGUUUGACAAGAAGAUGACCAAUGUCAUGGUGGUCGGUGACGGCCCCACCAAGACCCGGAUCAGCUUCAACAAGAACUAUGUCGACGGCUUAACCACAUUCAAAACCGCCACAGUUUCUGUCUUCGGAGACCACUUCAUAGCGAGGGACAUCGGGUUCGAGAACUCCGCCGGAGCAAUCAAGCACCAGGCCGUGGCGCUGCUGGUCCAAUCCGACAUGUCCGUCUUCCACAACUGCCACAUGGACGGCUACCAGGACACGCUCUACGUGCACACCAAGCGCCAGUUCUACCGGGACUGCACCAUCUCCGGCACGAUCGACUUCGUGUUCGGGGAUGCGGCUGCCGUCUUCCAGAACUGCAAGAUGCUUGUCCGGAAGCCGCUGGACAACCAGCAGUGCAUCGUGACAGCUCAGGGGAGGAAGGAGAGGCGCCAGGCGUCCGCGCUCAUCCUCCAGAACUGCACAAUCACCGCCGCCCCCUCAUACGCGCCCGUCAAGAGGCAGUUCCGCUCAUACCUCGGGAGGCCAUGGAAGAUCUACUCGAGGACAAUAAUCAUGGAGUCGUACAUCGACGACGUAAUACAGCCCGAGGGGUGGUUGCCUUGGCUCGGCGACUUCGGGCUCAACACCUGCUUCUACACCGAGUAUAAGAACCGAGGACCCGGCGCGAGCACCGCCAGGCGCGUGAAGUGGAAGGGCAUCAAGACGAUCACGCCGCAGCACGCUGUGGACUUCACAGCGGGGCGAUUCAUGAAGGGCGACAGGUGGAUUCGCACGGCCGGAGUGCCGUACGUUGCUGGGAUGCUGAAAGCUUGAGGGUUAAUAUGAACUUGUUUUUGUUUUCUUGGACAGUGUAGUGUACUCGGCUUAAAAAAAAAUGUUGGCCUUUGAUGUUGCAAUUUGGAGGGAUUAAGGAAUCUUU